AUGGGAUCGCAAUUGCCACCGGUGAAUCUGCCAAUUCCACCAAAUCCACCUGCUCCGGUGAAUCGUAAUCCAGAUCCGCCGAGGUUUCAAACUGAUCAAUACGAGAAUCCGUUUUACUUAAACAGCAAUGAUCAUGCGGGAUUGCUUCUGGUUUCGGAUCGUCUUACUACAGCUUCUGAUUUUCAUUCUUGGAAGCGAUCGAUUUGGAUGGCGUUGAAUGUGCGAAAUAAACUUGGUUUUGUCAAUGGUGAGAUACCAAAACCACCGGAUAAUCAUCCUGAUUCAGGUACUUGGUCACGAUGCAAUGAUAUUGUGAGUACUUGGUUAUUAAACUCUGUUGAUAAGUCUAUCGGAAAGAGUUUACUGUAUAUCUCUACUGCUGAGGGAAUGUGGAAGAGUUUAAUGACUCGAUUCAAGCAAGAUGAUGCUCCUAGGAUCUUUGAUAUAGAACAACGUUUGAAUAAGAUUGAACAGGGAUCUCUAGAUGUAUCUGCUUAUUAUACUGCGUUGAUUUCACUAUGGGAAGAAUACAAGAAUUAUGUGGAACUUCCUGUUUGUACUUGUGGUCAUUGUGAGUGUGAUGCAGCUGUAAAAUGGGAGAAGUUACAGCAACGAAGUCGUGUAACCAAGUUCUUGAUGGGCUUAAAUGAAGGUUAUGAUCAGAUAAGGCGACACAUUUUGAUGUUAAAGCCAAUUCCAUCGAUAGAGGAGGCAUUUCAUAUGGUUACUCAGGAUGAAAGACAGAGAACUAUCAAGCCUACCUCUCGGAUUGAUAAUGUUGCUUUUCAGACAAAUCAAACGCCUAUGGUUUAUGAAGAUGAGAAUGCUUAUAUUGCAGCAUAUAACACUGUUAGACCAGCUCAAAAGCCAGUCUGCACUCACUGUGGUAAAUUGGGGCAUACAGUUCACAAGUGUUUUAAGUUGCAUGGGUAUCCUCCUGGUUAUAAGACUGGUGGAUACAAUCCUAGGGGAGCUACGUCUCAACCACCUGUUCAGCCAAGGAUGCCAGCACCACAACUGCAACCUCGGAUUCCUCAGAUGCAGCCACGAAUGCAGAUGCAAAUGGUUCCUUAUGAUGCUGUCCAGAGAGCUAAUGCGGUUGCAAAUGUAUAUGCAGAACAGUCUUCUUAUGCUCCUAUUGGUUAUAACCAAUAUGCUGCUCCACUAUAUCCAUCUCCACAAUAUAUACCUGCUGCUGCUUCUAGUUCUGGUUUACAUGAUGGCACUACACAGCAACAGGAGUAUCAACCACAACAGAUACAACAACUCAUCUCUCAAUUUAAUACUCAAGUUCAAGUUCCAGAGCCUGUGGCUACUUCUAAGACUGCUACUGUUACUGAGCAAGGUUUCAUGGCUAAUAACUCUACUUCGGGUAUCAUUUCUUUUCCUACUUCCAGCCUUACUUUUCAAAAUGACAAAUUCUACUUCAAAGAUCAUGCACUUUCUGCCUUAGAACAAUUCCUACCUAGUGAUGCUUGGAUUAUAGAUAGUGGUGCUUCUAGCCAUGUAUGCUCAGAUCUAGCAAUGUUUAGGGAAUUAGUACCUGUUUCUAGUAUCACAGUUACUUUACCAAAUGGUGCUAGGGAACUUUCUCAGGGCUUGAUGAUUGGGAGGGGUAGCUUAUACAACAAUUUAUACAUUCUUGCACAAGAACAAAACACCCUCUCUCCAUCACUUCCUGCAGUAUGUUCUGUUUCUGAAUCUUUGAUGACUGAUGGUGUUCUGUGGCAUCAAAGACUAGGGCAUCCAUCAGCUCAAUGUCAAAUCUGUCCAUUAGCUAAGCAAAAACGAUUAGCGUAUAUUUCUCAUAAUAAUCUAGCUUCUGUCCCUUUUGAACUUGUUCAUUUAGAUAUAUGGGGUCCUUUUAGUGUAGAGUCUAUUGAAGUUUCAACACAGUAUAAUGCAAAGAUUAAAGCUAUUAGAUCAGAUAAUGCACCUGAGUUAGCAUUUACAGAACUUGUUAAAGAACAUGGCAUGGUGCAUCAUUUUUCAUGUCCUUACACUCCUCAACAGAAUUCUGUGGUUACCUUCACCAUUGUUAAACCAUAA